AGUAAAUAAACAUUCGCGGUUUAACUUUUGAAUUGUGAAUAAGAGAUUUUUUUGGUUAAACAUAAAUACCUUGCGUCGUUUCUUAGUAUUUGAAAUGGUGCGGUAUCUACUGCGUUUAGGUUACAUUGGAACAAAAUACAGUGGAACUCAAAAGCAGAUUAAUGUCCCAGAGUCAAAAACUGUUCAAAAUGUAGUAGAGAGUGCACUUUUGAAGUUGAGAGCUGAGAACAUUCCAACCACAUUUUUUGCCAGCAGAACAGAUAAAGGUGUUCAUGCACUGAUGAAUGCACUUCAUGUUGAUCUGGAUCAUAAAAAAGCAGAUGAAUUCUAUCAACCUCAUAAUAUUAAAAGAGUUUUAAACUCUUAUUUUAUUGAAAAUGAUCAUGAAAUUGUAGUUACAAAUGCUUGUGUAGUUCCUGAUGAAUUUCAUGCAAGAUUCCAUGCCAAGUGGAGAAGUUACUAUUAUCGUAUAGCUAUUUUAAAACCGGGAUUGGAUAAUAUAGUUUUGAAUCACUGUCAAGGUUAUUUACCUAUUUGUGAAAUCAAUCGAUGUUAUGCUGUUCCAUCUGAAUUAAAUACAAGUAUAGUUAAAAAUGUUGCAGAUAUGUAUUGUGGGGAACAUGACUUUUCUACAUUUACGAAAUACAUCGGAAGAACACCAUGGAAAAGUACCGUAAGAUUAAUUGAAGAAUGUAAAUUUUAUGAAUCUUCUUAUCCAAACUUUAUUGAUGAUCCUCAGUAUUCAAAUAUAUCUAUAUGGGAAUUUUACAUAAAGUCACAGUCUUUUCUCUACCAUCAAGUUAGAAAAUUAGUGGGAACUGCUGUAGCUGCAGGACUUGGCCGAAUCAGCUUGCAUGAUGUGAAACAUAUGUUUGAAGCUCCCAAUCCAGAGAAUUGGAUUAAAUGUCACUUGCCUCCUGCUGGAGGCUUAUAUCUUGCUCACAUACAUUAUGACAAAAAAGAUUUCUUAAUGAAUGAUUUAUCUUCACAUGACAGAAUAGAUAAAGAAGAAACAAUAUGUUCACAGAUGUAACAUAUACAAAAAUUUUAAAACUUGUAUAUAAUAGUAGAUAAAUAAAUAUUUAUUUAACAAUUUA